AUGAAACCCGAGGAUGACGUUGGAAGUGAGAGGAUUAUAUCAGUAAGACGAGUUCUGUUUAGCAGUUUCUUGAGCACUAGAAAAAGCCUUUCUGCCUCUCCCUAUAACUACUUUAUGACAUUUUUGGUGCUCUGGCGAAAAGGAGGUGAUGUUAAGAAAGUUAAGCGGAACAGUUCUGGCCGUGAACAAUCUUUGGGGAUUUCUCAACCUGCUGACACUGUCUAUCGCAUACUUUGCCCUUCUAGGAAAAUUGGUGGUGUUAUUGGAAAGGGUGGCGGCAUAAUCAAAACCCUGAGGGAAAAGACCAAAGCAAAGAUUACCGUUGCUGAUUCUAUUCCUGGUUCUGAUGAGAGAAUAAUUAUUAUCUAUAGUUCUCCCACAAAAAAUUCUAGGAAACAGAACAGUGAUGAGGGUUCAGCUGCUGAGACUGAAAAAGAUUCCAUGGAGCCACACUGUGCCGCCCAGGAUGCUCUUUUGAAGGUUCAUGACAGGAUAAUUGAGGAAGAUCUUUUCGGUGGAAUUGCUCCUGAACAUGAUAAUGAAAACAAUAAUGUUACCCCUAGACUGCUUGUUCCAAAUAAUAUGGUAGGAUGUCUUUUAGGCAAACGUGGAGAUGUUAUUCAAAGAUUGAGAUGUGAGACUAGGGAUGACAAUUUAGGUCCGAUUUUAGGGACUGGGGCAAAUAUACGAAUUCUUCCUGUGGAUUGUCUACGUGCCUGUGCUAUGGACACUGAUGAACUUGUACAGGUUGCUUUAGAUGAGAUACUGGCUCAAGGAGGAAAAUUAACAAGAUAUGGGGAUUUGGCCAGGCCUGCAGAAGAGGUGGGUAGAGAGAUCUUUGCUUGCAUGGUUAUGAUGGCUCCAAAGGAUUGGGGAAAAUUGUUAUGGGCAAUAUUGCACUGUCUUACAAUUCCCAACGUGUGUAAUUGUGUGAAGUAUUUGACUGCUGCACCGAGUAUUCUUCACUCCUAUAUGACCUCUUCUGGGCCAAAUGUGAACGCCCAACAGACCCCGUACCAGAGCAUGAACUCCCUGCAAAGCCCGUAUCAAAAUGAACAACCAAGCCCAUAUCAAAACGUGUCUGCGCGUCAGAGCUUACAUGGUAACACGAAUUCUCACGGCAUAAAUGCGCUGCAAAGCCCGCACCAAAACAUAAAUUCUAAUUCAAGCCCCUAUUCCAUCGAUGCUUAG